GAAGUAAGUGCAGUUUCUUACACUAGAAAAGAAAUCCGGGCGUUUUUCGUAGGGGGGUGUGUGUCUGGGUGGGCGGUUCGUUGUGUAUGUGAGGGUAUUUUUGUGUUUGUUUUGAGCUGCAGCCUCCGCCUCCCAAGCCACCCACCACCCACCACCUCCACCCAUUCAAGCUCGCAUUCACAUACACAGGAAGCCCAAUAAGCGGAUGAUAUUGAUAAAAUGUCAAAAGUUCAAUGGAUAUACUAUCCUGGAAAUAGUGCCAUGACCUUUAAGAUAACUGAUAAUAGAAUUAUUUUUUAAGAUAAAAUAAAAUACACUUAAAAAAUAAAUAGUUGAUAAGAAUAAAUAUAAUAUAUAUAUAAAUGUAAUACUAGACAUAAAUCUAAGUUUUAAUAAACUGUGUAUUAUUUUUAAAAAUAAAACCACGUUAACCCCUUAUUAAGUUGAAAAGGUCAUAGGCCUUCUGUGAGUCACAUGAUAUAAUCAAUCCCUAGAAGUGCCGUUAUCUCACGUCUCAUCCGUUAAAAUUUGAAUAGGGAACUCCCCUUGGAAGUUUGUUUCUUCAGGUGUUUCGAUUCCGUCACAAAUACGGAGUGACUAGCAGAUUUCAAUUAGUUUAAGCCAAGUUAAUUGUCACUUUGAAGGCUUUCGACUGGUUUUCGACUGAUUUUGCGAUUUUAUUGUAAUCCCUAAUAGCAUGGGAUUUCUCGCAAUCCUAUGGUAUGCAAAAUAAUUGUCGGAUUGGUAGGCGGAUUGAAGUGUUUCCCGUGAAGCUUUUUUUUUGUCCGCUUUUAUCGUUUCACGCCAAUAUAGAAACUAGUUUUGAUCAUAAUUAAGCCAACCUUCAUUCGGGGCUCGAAGAUGAGUAGCUGACAUAGACUUGGAUAGUUUCUAUUCAACCAUUGUCGUGUCACCAUGUCUUGGCAUUUCUUCUCCAUCACCGCGUUACUUCUUGUUGCCUUUGUGAACUCUGCACCCCAAAAUACUGUUCCUCAAAUACGCACAAAUGGCUUCCAAUUAGAGCCCCUCAACAAGGACUACUUCCUCAGAAUCGAGCAACCGGAUGGAACUAUCCGCCAGGAGUCUGUCCAGCAAAAUGAAGCCGGCAACCCGCACGUUACCGGGGUGAUUAAUCAGCCCUACGCAGACCAUGGAGCCCACUUGGUGCUCACCUACGAGGCGGGUCCAAACGGAUACGUUGCCAAAUACAGCUACGGGAAGGGUCCUCCAACACCACCCCCAGUUCCGCCACUUUUCCUCAGCCCCCAAGCCCUGAAAACAGCAACUGGAUAAAACUGGAACUGGUUGGCAUUAUAUAUUCCCUAAACUCCUGUGAUUUCUGCCUUUGAUAGCAUUUGUGUAAUUCCUACAUGCUGAUGUCAAUAAAAAUUAUUUAAAAAGUCUGCCAAAACCAUAAAAGUA